AUGGCUUGUGAGGGAGGCGUCGGGAAUACCAAUUCUGAUGUCGCCGGCCUAGGGAUCAUCAUCGCCUUCGCAAUUCAAGCUGGAAUCUCUCUCAUACUGUCGCUGUGGGCUUGGUACCUGCGAGACGGCGCUUCAUUAUUGGGAGACGAUGACAGUUCCUGCCGUGGUGAUGAUGAUGACCCUGGACUAGGGGUGAAAGACCAGAAGAGGACGUUGGUUGAGAAGACUCUCUCGACCGUCAGCGAUAUCCAGACCAUGAAUGGGAUUGCCCUAUUGGUUGCAGCACUUGCACAGUUCCAGACCCUGGACCUGUACCACUUCCAUAUCGUGUAUGACACGGUGAACUUCACAGCCUUGUUCCGCAAAACAGAGGGCAGAAAUUUCAGAAUCGCCGCCAUCCUCACAUUUGCCGCCCUCUAUCUCGCGUUUUCCAUUCUCUUUGGAUGGGCCCUCAGUAGGUGGAAUGACAGUAUAAACGGCCAGUGUUAUAUCACGACAGACGUUUCUGCUCCGUCGGCCUCUCACCCUUACGUCGACAAGGUUUAUCUCUCUAUCACUUGCGCCUUCGUCUUUAUAGUCUUGUUUCUUGCCUUACCUCCAUGGUGGGACAUAGUAACGCUGCCGUACACCACUCUGACCAUACGAAAUCUCUUCCUCUUUGAGGACGAUGGCUGGGAAAUCAAGAAGGAAAACAUUUUUACGGAUGCCGUGGAGGUUUUCGUCCUGUUGUGGACCGUUCUGGCCUGUGCCAUGGCAGACCUCCAACCCCGGAUGAUUUCCCGCCCCUUUAUCGAUCAAGACUGGUGGAAGGCUCUGAGCAGAAACCAGCGGCAAUCGGCAGUGCUUGUGCCCCUACUUCUCCAGUAUCCUCUGCACCUGUACAUGAUCUUCACUCUGAGAAAGUGGAAUGCGACGCUUCUGGAAGGAGACUCUGAGGAUAGUUGGGGAUUCGGUCAGAUUCUUGCCGUCGUUUUGCUGGCGCCGACAAUUUUCCAAUGCAUUGACAUGGUUGCAAAGUAUCGUAGGCUCGACUCCACCCCUGCGCCUGAUUCGACUGUUGAGCUUGGCUCUAGGAGCGUGGAUGCGGUUUCUGUCGACCCGGGGCCGCAGUCAUCUGUCGUGCAAGCUCAGCCUGGUCGACUCAAUCGGUCGGCAACAACAUAA